AUGUCGAUAAGAAAAAGAAUUUCGAUAAACGUAUUCUAUUCGUUCAUACUUAAUCAAAUCAAUAAUGUUUACAUGACUUCUUUGGAUGAAUUUAAACGAGUAACAGUUGAAGAACUACUUGCAAAACGUCGUUCAACUCUUAUAUCACGUGUUCAAACAGCUCGUACUCAACUCGAUUCUUUAUCUCUACUUGAUUCAAGUUAUGAUACCUGUCGUCAAAUACUUCGUCAAUGGCGUUUACAAAUGAUAGAUCAACUAAACACAGCUCAUGAAACAUCUCUUAAUGAAUUAAAUAACGCUUAUGAACAACUAAAUCGUUUUCGCUCGACAAUAAUUAAUCUUCUGAAUGAACAAGACACAACUGAUCAUUGUUUAUCACAUAUUGAAUCUAGUUUGAAUACAUUACGUAAUGCUGAAUUUACAUUUGAUUUUGAUCGUGCCAGUCAGCUUGAAGGUGAUUUACAGUUAUUAAAAAUGUCUCAUCCUCAACGACAACAUUCUCAUUCAUUUAAUAAAUCCAAUACAAAAUGUCGAUUACUUGUUCCACAUGAUCGAUAUAUCUCAGAUGUUUUCUUCUAUAAUGAUUUAAUUACGAGAAUUGAUUGUCAAACACCAGAAUGUAUUCUUGUUUGUCCAUUUGAUUUGUUAAGUGAACUGUUAGGAAAUGAUGAAGAAGUUCGUAUUCUAAUUGAUCAAACAUAUUUACCAUCAAUAGGAAUGCAAGCACAACGAAUGCGUAUGGAUUAUGAUCUUUUUAUUCUUCAACCAGCUCAAGAAUGUUGUCCACAAUCAAGUGAACGUGUCAUUCGAAUUUGUUGUAAAAAUCCUACAAAGAUGAUGUUAUGUUUAGAGGAAAUCUAUACAAUCUGUUGUCAACAAGUCGUACCGAUUUCAUUUCAUCCGUAUAUACCAAUCAAUCAUAAUCGAUUUAAAACUCAUGUCUAUUAUGGCUAUUCAGAUAUUCCUUCAACUGACAUUGAUUCUGCAAAGUUAAAUUCUUUGUUAUCUCCUCAAUUUACAAAUCAUCGUCAAUCAUUGAUGAUUGCCAAUCCACCAUCAUCUUCUCAACAACAACAACAACAUUUUGACCGUGUUCUUAUGCCGGUUUCAAUUCGUCAAACGCUCCCAAUUACAGAUAUGCAAGCAGGAGCUUUGUUAGGACCUAAAGGUGAACGAAUUCAACAGUUACAACGAGAAACUGGUGCAAUUGUCAAUAUAAGCGAUAUGAACGAUGAAAACGGUGAUCGACGAAAACGAAUGGUGAAUGUUCAAGGAAGUCAACAACAAGUGAACAAUGCUUUACAAGCAAUACGAAAAGUUUUAAUGAUCAAUAAUAAUGGCGAGGAUGAUGUAGAAGAUUUGACGAAAUCAGAUGGAAUAAAAAUGAAGAAGAUCUAA